AUUGCCAACUAGUCGAUGGCAGAGCUGGUUAGUGCAGACGCCUUCUUCGAGGAGCUGAAUCGGCUGGCCGAGAGGGGUGAAGCAGGAGAAAAGACGCCAAAUGACUUUUACUUCCAAUGCGCGGGAAGAUCGAACAGCUUCGUCGUUCACCAGGCGAGGCAGGCCUUCGACGCUGGGUUUGCCGAGCACGUCCCCGUAUACGCUUCGAUUUUGCCGGAGCCGACGCUCUCGACGUUCGAGCCGGAGGAGGAGUUGAGGGAGAUGAUAGACUUUUCCGCGGACGAGCAGGUGCUUUUGCCGUUAGAAGAGCAAAUAGGCGAGGUGGGCAUUGAUUACACCAGUUUGUGCGACGUGAGCGUGAGUCGUGCGUCGAGGGAGUUCGACAUUGUUUACGACUAUCGCACAGGUGAAAUAUUGGAGUUUAGGGACUUGGAGUUGCCGUUGGAGGCCAGUUUCGUGGACCUGCCGGUAGAGGACUGGUUUCGAGACCGGGAGUUGGCGUUGGAAAGAGACGAAGAGGCGUCCGGGGAGGUCGAGUCGGAGAAAGAGGACGGUUCGACGUCCCGUAGGCGAGUAAAGAUGGAAAAGUUGUUCGAUUUGUCCAAGCAGAGCUUGAUGCUGCCAAAGAUGGGGUUUGGUAUUUGCUACGACGGUGACGAGGGGACGCCGACAAUUCUGGGAGGCGAGGACGUCGGCGCGGAGGAAGCCGCGCAGAGCGAGACGAAGUCAGCCGAGAGGAAGAAGUCGUUCGACACGAUUUAUCAGGAGAGGCAGGAAGAGAAGGCGAGGCAGGAGGCGGCACUGGAGAAGAUCAGGGGAAUUUUACGGGAAGGCGCAGAAAAGCUGGACGGGGGCGAUGAGCAGGAGAAGGGGUCUCCGAGUGUGGUGAUACGCGAUCUGUCUCGCGUGUGUAAGAAUAACAACAACAACAACAAUAGAAGUGAAGAGAUGAAGGUGUUAGAGGAGGAAGAGGAAUUUCUUCAGAACUUGAAGCAGGAGGAGAUAGCGGCGCCCUUAGAAUGGCUGUCGUUGAUGCAGAAGAAGGCAACUAAGGAGAAAUCAAGUUGGGCAGUGAUGACUCGAAUGGAAAACAUUUUGGUCGAUUGGCAGGAAUUGGUGCCUGAGCCCGCAAUCAUUUAUCCGUUCGAGAUGGAUGAGUUCCAGAAGGAGGCGGCGUACCACCUGGAAAACGGAGAGUCAGUCUUCAUCGCCGCACAUACGUCUGCCGGGAAGACGGUGGUGGCCGAGUACGCCAUUGCCCUGACAAUGAAGCACAUGACUCGCGCGAUCUAUACCUCGCCCAUCAAGGCGCUGAGCAACCAGAAGUACCGGGACUUCAUGUACGUCUUCGGCGAUGAUGUGGGCAUUGUGACCGGGGAUGUCAGCGUGCGAAGCGAGGCGUCCUGUCUGGUCGUGACGGUGGAAAUCCUGCGAUCGAUGCUGUACAAGGGCGCGGACUUGGUCCGGGACGUAGAGUGGGUCAUCUUCGACGAAGUUCACUACGUGAACGACCUUGAGCGCGGAGUCGUCUGGGAAGAGACGAUCAUCAUGUUGCCAGAUCACAUCAACCUGAUCUUCUUGUCAGCCACCGUGCCAAACACGUUCGAAUUCGCCGACUGGGUCGGGAGGACCAAGAAGAAACCAAUCUACGUGAUCACGACCGACCGCCGCCCUGUUCCCCUUGAACACUAUCUGUACUUCGACAAAAACCUGCACAAAAUCGCAGACGCGAAUGGCUACCUGCCAGACGGGUACAAAGCCGCGGCGAAGGUCUGCGCCGAGCGAAACGACAGCAAACCGAACGUCGCCUUCCGACAAUCCUGGCAACAAGAACGAGGCGGAUGGUGCGCGAUCGUGCAGAUGCUCAAAAAGAAGCAGCUCCUACCCGCUGUGACGUUCGUUCUGUCGAGGAAGAAGUGCAUGUUUCUGGCCGGCUGCUUGGCCAGCGUGGACCUGACGGUCGACGGCGAAAAGCAAGAAACCAUUCGGUUCAUACGAAAAUGUCUGAAGCGCCUCAAGGGCGCCGACAGUCAACUUCCACAAGUGCUCAUCCUGAACGAGAUGCUGCAGCGCGGCAUAGGCGUCCACCACAGCGGACUGCUGCCCAUCAUCAAAGAAAUGGUCGAAAUUCUGUUCUCCAGGGGUCUGGUCAAAAUUCUGUUCGCCACGGAAACAUUCGCAAUGGGCGUCAACAUGCCAGCCAGAACAGUCCUGUUCAGCAGCAUUCGCAAGAACGACGGCCAACAAUUCAGAGAUCUCUAUCCCGGUGAAUACAUCCAAAUGUCCGGACGUGCCGGCCGCCGCGGCUCGGAUACCGUGGGCACCGUAAUCAUCGUCUGCGAUAACCAACUGCCAGAACCCACCUCCCUUCGCCGAAUGAUCAGCGGACGAGCCACCAAGCUCGAAUCGCAAUUCCGAAUAACGUAUAACAUGAUCCUCAACGUGCUCAAAAUGGGCGACGGAUUCCGCAUCGAAGAUAUGAUCAAGCGCUCGUUCUUCGAAUCCUACAACCAAAAAGACUCCAGCAAUUACCAAGAGCGCCUAAAGCGAAUCCGGUCCAAAAUCGACAACACGCCUCCUCUGAUCUGCAAACUCGGAUAUGGCGACCCUGCGCCCAUGGUCGAAUACUACGAACUGACCGAGGCGCGGCACCAGCUAAACAAGCAAAUACAGGCGUGGCUAAUACAGUCCAACUACUUCAAGGAAAUGCUGUGUCCGGGCAGAGUCGUAGUCAUAUCAAACCAUCAUUCCUUGCCGAGAAACGCGCUGGGCGUCAUCGUCCGCACCCUCGGAGAAGUCAAGUUCUGUCGAGAACUCGACCUGAACGACGAAGCCGGGCUAUCUCAAACAAUCAGGGUCCUGGCGCUCACCGGCUGUCCGAGCAGAGACCUGUCCAAGCAAUAUAGGCUUGUCACCAUUAGAGUCACCGCCGGCAACCUGGAACUCGUCACGCAAAGAAAAUUCAAAAAGAUCGACCCCGAGCUGAUCGACGUAAUAGGCAGGGAGAGCUACAUCAAGGACAUCGUCAACGAGCUCACCGCCAUCUCCAUCGAGUGCAUGCCGGGACUGCCGGAACCUCUGAAUUUCAGCAAAACCUCUAAAAUCAAAAGUCCAGACUUUGUCGAACUGACUGUCAAACUUCAAAGCGUAGAAGAUUCGAUGCUCCAAAACCCCUGCCACCACUGCAAGCACAGGACCGCGCAGUAUAAGGCGCAGCAAUCAAUCGUCCGAAUGCAUGAAUAUGCCUAUGCGUUGGAAUACAUUCUCUCGGACACCAACCUACUAAUGUUUUCCGAGUACGAGGCCCGCAUAAAAGUCCUGAAAAAGCUCAACUAUAUAGACAAGGACGGAUUCGUCCAAAUCAAAGGGCGAGUCGCUCGAGAAUUGAAUAGCUGCGAUGAGCUGGUCGCCACCGAGCUCAUCUUCGAUAACGUGUUGACCGACUUGACGCCAGCCGAGACGGCCGCAAUAUUGUCUUCACUGGUAUUCGAGCAAAAGACAACCGUUGAUCCUAUUAUGCCAACCGCCAACUUGAUCACGGCCAAAAACAAACUUUUCACUUUGGCGCGCGAACUCACCGAAAUCGAGAUCGACUGCGGAUUGGCCAUCCAGGUGCAUGACUACAAAAAGAGAAUCAACAUAGGCCUCAUCGAAGUCGUUUAUAACUGGGCCCAGAACAAGCCUUUCCAAGACAUCCUCAAACUCACCGACGUCCUCGAAGGAAACAUCGUCAGAACCAUCGUCCGGCUCGACGAGACGUGCCGAGACUUCAAAAGCGCUUCGAGGAUUAUCGGCGAUGUCGAUCUGUGCGCCAAAAUAGAAGAGGCAUCCAACUUGAUCAAACAUGGCAUCGUGUUUGCAAACUCACUUUAUUUGACCGAACACCAACAGUCAAACUUCGAUGGAUCAGCCAGCGCGGACUGAACGCCACGGGCGUAUCACUCACCUUCUCAGUUCAAGCCGCUGCACGCCCGUCUAUCUCACCCCCUGGUCAUACCACAAACGAGGUAGAGCGAGAGAAGUCAUCUCUAUAUCUAGUCCGGCUGUCUUUUAGAGCGUAACACAAACUAUGAGAUCCGCGUGAAUAAACCGAACUGAAUGCUGUAAA